AUGACCGGAGCUCUGCUGGCUCACAAGAAGGCAGCGCACCAACAUCUCCACGCUGCCUGUAGCGAGGUGAAUGCGAAGCAAAAGAACUCUAGCAAGGCCGGUCAGGCCCGGAGGCACAUUAAGCAGCUGCAGGUUGAGGCAGCUUCUCUACAGGCGCUGCUGUCGCGGAAAGAUGCGGAGCUGUCGCGGAUAGAGGCGGAGCGCGAGGCCCGGGCCAAAGCCGAUGCGCUUGCCACAAGCAAGCGCGCCGCCAGGGCAGCUCAAAGCGCCAACCGCUUGCAGGCGGCGCAGCGCGAGCUGGCGGGCGCCCGAGACCAGCUGGACGCCGCGACGCAGGACGCGGCGGCGCUGCGGCAGCAGCUGUGGGCGGCGCAGUCCGAGGGGCGGUCGCUCAAGAGCAGGCUGGAGGCGGCGCUGGCAGAGGUGCAGGGACUGAAAGAGUUAGCCUCAGCGGCAGCAGCCAGCCCCCAGCGGGCGCUGCCUUUGCCAGGGGCCCUGCCUCGUCAGCAGGCGCCGUCCACAGUGGCGUUCGUUGGCGGCAAAAAGCUGAAGGAAGCAGAUGUCAAAAUGCUGCCGCCGGGGGCGUCUGUUCGGUUCUUUGGCAGCACAAAGGACAUGGGACGGGGCGAGCUGACGCGGCUUGAGGCGGCGCUCAAGGCCGGAACCAUCCAGCAGGUCUACAUGAUCACGCGGUGGAACGGGCACAGCGUCACCAAACACGUGCGGCGCCUGUGCCGGGAGCGCGGUAUCCCGGUGUUCCUGCUGGACUCGACUCAGCGCGCGGGGCUCAAAGGGGCGGCGGCGGCCGAGCGCAACAGCGGCAGUGGCAGCGGCAGCGACACGGACGGCGGCGGCGGCACGGACCAGGAGUUCUGA